CGGAUGUCGUGAAGGUUUAAAAACCCCUUAAAGAGGACAUUAAUACUAAAGUGUCGUUAGGCGUUCAUAAAUAGGCUUAUCCAAAGUUUAUGUAGGCUAAUCUUUGCUCUCUCUCUCUCUCUCUGUUGAUGUGUCUCUCUCUCUAAGAACAAACGCAGGCUCCGCCUCUUUAUGAUAAUGUGACAGUAGCAUCUCCGGCUCGGAGGCAAGCCUCCUCUCGCUCUCACUCAACUAUGUGAUCGCUUUUUUCCCCCCGCACACACGGACCCUGUCUCUUGUCCUCUCCCCAUCUCGCGUCCUCCCCCCUCCCCCCCUUUUACCUUCCCCACCUCAUCUUCUCUCCUCCGCGCGCAGCUCCCUCCCGCGCCUUGAAAAGGAAACGGCGUUCGCACGGGGGGGUUAAAGUUACUUUCUUUAAAAAACAGUUUGAAGUUUACUUUUUGUUGUUGUUGUUUUUUUGUUUUUUAAAUCCCUCGGACAUGACUACCAUGGCAUCUCCGGCCGCUCCGGCUCUGCUCCCCGCCGCUACACUCGGGCACCACCCGGCGCCGAGUUCCGCCUCUCCGGCCACGGACUCCCCGCCACCGGCGGCCGCCUCCUCCUCCUCCUCCUCCUCCCCGGCUCCCCCGGCGUCGCACCAGGCGCUGCUCCACCAGUUCAGGGCGGACCUCCUGCUGGCGAACGGGAGCCCGUUGAAAACCGGCGGAGCUCCGGUGUCCGGCGGCGGCGGCAAGCCGGUGUACGCCACCCCGUCGCCCGUGGAGAGCACGCCGCAGAACAACGAGUGCAAGCUGGUGGAGGUGAAAGGGGCCAAGCUGGCGUCGUUCACCGUGAAGGACACGGAGCUCAUCUGCCUGCCGCAGGCGUUCGACGUGUUUCUCAAGCACCUGGUCGGCGGGCUCCACACCGUCUACACCAAGCUGAAGCGCCUGGACAUCGCCCCGGUGGUGUGCAACGUGGAGCAGGUCCGGGUGCUGCGGGGGCUCGGGGCCAUCCAGCCCGGCGUGAACCGGUGCAAACUCAUCUCCAGGCAGGACUUCGAGACGCUCUACAACGACUGCACCAACGCGAGUUCGAGGCCGGGACGACCGCCCAAGAGGCUGCAGAGUGUGACAGAGGGCGGGACCCACCACAUGCUGUCCCACAGCGGUCUGGUGCAUGCUGGGAUCAUACCUCCUGCAGAUCUGUCUGCCCUGGCCAAGAAGAUCAAGCUGGAGGCACUGGCCAGUUACCACAGCAACCAUCAACACGGCGGGCUAAACGGCGAGAACGGCGAUCACGGCCACGGACUGGUUCUGGACCAGUUGCCCUUCAUGAUGAUGUCCCAUCCUCUGAUUCCUGCCAGCCUGGCGCCGGCCUCCGUUUCCAUGGCAAUGGGCCAGAUGAACCGACUGAGCACGCUGGCCAGCAUGGCGCAGCUCCACGCCAAGCCCCCCGCCAGGACUCCCACCUCCGUCAUUAAGGAGCGUGUGCUGGACAGCCCGUCCCCCACUCCCUCGUUGGAGGAAGCGCAGAUGUCCUCCAACCACAGCAGCAGUGUGUCCAGUUCGCCGUCCCACACGGAGCGCUCUGGAGAAACCACGCACCCACAGGAUGACGGCCUGUCAUCAAGCCACAAUGUGUUGGCGCACUCCCCCGGUGUGGUGCAUGUGUCCAGAGAGACGGACGGGACCUCAGCGGAGUACAGCACGGAGAACAAGAGGAGCCACGCCGACAGAGAUAACACCUCCUUGGCCGCUCACACAACCAGGCAGAGCUGUGAUAGACAAGUCUACCAGAAACCCCCAUCAGGCUGCGAGAGGGUAUCUUACCCCGCAGGACAGAAGCUCCCAGCAGGUCUCCACCACACUCCCUUCAUCUUCCCGGAAGGCUUGUCCUCCAUAGAGACCCUGCUCACCAACAUCCAGCAGGGUCUGCUGAGGGUUGCCAUAGAGAACGCCCGGGCCCAGGAGAAGCAGGACCAGAUGGAGAGAACGGAGCUGAAAAUGGAGCUGGUCCGAGAGAGGGAGCUGAGGGAGACCCUGGAGCGGCAGCUUAGCAUGGAGCAGAAAAACAGAGUUCUGAUCCAGAAGCGCCUGAAGAAAGAAAAGAGGAGUAAGAGGAGACUACAGGAGGCCUUGGAGGAGGAAGUCAAACUGCGUGAUCAGGCAGAGCACACCCUGCUGCACACUGCCAACACACACACAGGCCAUCAAUCAUCGGCAGCACCCCCUCACACGGAGCCCGUGACCCAGGACGUGGACGGGACCAAUCACAGUGACAACAGGAUGGACGCCAAGGCAACAGUACAAGACUGGAUUUCUUUCUGGAUUUCAGAGGGCAGAGGGUUCUUGCAGACAUCCGGGAUGUACUGAAGACGAGGUGGAAGCGCGGACGCAUGAAUGCAAGAACAGAGUGAUGAAGAUUUUCUCAUUAAUGAGAAAAGAUACAAUAGACAGGCACGCUUGGCGACGCAGUGGAAACCCAAGAUGGACAUAUCUGCCCCCCCCCCCCCCCCCUCACUCCCCCAACCGGACUCCCUUACAUUUCAAGGGUGACCUUUGAACUUUUCCAUUGUUCUGUCAUUUAAUUUAUUGCAUUUAUCACCAAAUCUCGGCCGUAGUGGAAGCAGUACUUUAUUCUGAUGACGUGUUUGUUGUGUUUCUUUUAAUCAAGGUUUUUAGAUCCUAGAUGAAGAUGACCAUGUUUGUUUUUUUGUCAGUGCUGUUUAUCUGGACACAAGUGGCGAAAAUAACUUGUAACAGAGUUGUGUACAUAUACAAUAUAUAGUCAUCAUUUUUGUUAUUAUUAUUACUAUCACAAAAACAUAUGGCAUGUCGUACAGUCAGUAAAUGACUUGUAUUGUGUAUGUUAUGCAGUAGUGCAGUUUGACAAUACAAACAAUACAAAUUCUUUUUAUCAAAUUGUGU